CGAACGGCGACCAGCCUGGCCCCGGCGCUGGCCCUUCGGCCUCUCACGGUGAAGGCGGUAAACCGGCCCCGAGCCUCACUGUCUCCCCUCUACCCUUGGCAGACAGAGCCUGCCUCGCUGUAAAAUCCGCCCCAUCACCCCCGGAACCACAGGUGAUGAUGUAGUGUGCUUCCCAAAUGCCAGGUUAACCAUGGCGUCCGAAGCACAUGAAGAAGGAAUAGAACUAUCAGGAGCCUUAGCAAAAGUUGGGGAUUCAAGCAGUGAAAGAUUGGAACAACGUGGAAUCAAUGAAUGCAAUCCCAUGGAAGGGAAAGAUCAAAUGGAGGACAAUGCUUGGAAUCUCGGGAGAAUGGAGCCAAUGUCAAAAAGGCAGAUGAAAAAGUUAAUGAGAGAGAAACAGUGGCUAGACCAAAAAGAGCAUCGCAAGCAAAAGCGUAAAGAGAAAAAGCUUAAAAGAAAGCUAGAACGUCAAACUCAAAAUGAGGAAAGACAUGAAGAAUCUGCCAGGAAACGCUUUAAGAGAGAUGCCACUCCAAGUAACCUUCGUGUUGUACUGGACUGCAGCUUUGAUAGUUUAAUGGUGUUGAAGGAUGUCAAAAAACUGCAUAAACAGAUUCAGAGAUGUUACGCAGAAAAUCGAAAAGCAGCACAUCCUGUGAGGAUGUAUUUGACCAGUCAUAGUGGACAGUUGAAGAAGAACAUGGAUGAAAAUGACAAAGGCUGGGUCAACUGGAAGGGAAUUACUGUUACGCCUGAACACGUCAGUGAAGCCAUAAAGAAGGAAGACUUGGUUUAUCUCACUUCUGAUUCUCCCAAUGUGCUGAAUGAUCUGGAUGCAACAAAAGCUUAUAUCAUAGGUGGCUUGGUUGACCAUAAUCACCACAAGGGCGUAACAUACAAUAAAGCACUGGAGUUGGGAAUCGCACAUGCGCAACUUCCCCUUGGAAACUAUGUAAAAAUGGAUAGUCGUAAAGUGUUAACUGUAAAUCAUGUAUUUGAGAUAAUCCUCAUGUAUUUGGAAAAGCAGAACUGGCAAGAAGCCUUUUUCAGUAUCCUGCCACAACGCAAAGGAGCUGUACCUGCCCCCCAUCCCAUCAGCACAGAACAAAAUGAGCCUGAAGGUGACUCAGAUUCUUGCGAUUCUGUAGAAAAUGGGACCGCAGCAUCAGAAGCUCUUGCACAAGAAGAAAAACAAGUCAGUGAAUUAAACUGUGAAAAGCAAGACACAGAAAUUAAUGAAGAAAUAGAUGGUGAAACCUAGCAUCCCCACCAUUUGACUAAAUAUUAUUUUGAGUCUUGGUAUGCCUAAAAUAAUCCAAAAGCAGGACUUUUGAUUUGCCCUCAUGACACUUUCCAUUUUUUCUUGUAUUACCACUUGAUAUUUAAGAUGCUACGAGUUCAGAGAAUUUUGUUUGGACACAAAAUUUUGAUAUAUUUCAAGUCAGACCAUUAGUUGUUCCUACGUCAAUGACUACAAUCAUUGUGUUAAAGUUGCUGGAGUUUAAAAAUGCGAUACCUGCAAUCAUUGUCUAUAUACAUAUAGGUACUUUAGUUACUUUGCAUUAACCUAAAGAAUUUUGGCUUGUUAUACACAGAGCAAUUCCUAAGCCACUGACUAGUAUGAGAAUGUUAAUUUAUUCCCACAGAUUGAAUGUAUUUUCUGUGAAUAUGGUCUUUGUAUAUAACGUGCACACAAAUACAUCUGGUUCAAAACUAAUAUUUCUAUUCCUGAUACCCGAAUUAACUGCAAAAUGUUAAGCUGCUAUAAAAACAAUCUCAGGUUUUAGAAGAGCAUACCGGUAGUCAUCAAAUAACAGUAUGGUCAGUUAAAAUUUCAGGAUGAUGCACUGAUGUACAGUGGAAUCAGUGACCAAACAACUUACCUUAGAAGUGUGUACUUGUGAGUACUUCCGUUUCAGUUGUUAUUAUGGUCAUGCUUAAUGACGGGUGAUGAGUACCUUUUUAAUUAUUCAUUCCACUUGGUUCCUGUUGAUUCGAUCAAAAGCUGUGCAGUAAAAUUGAUUUAUAUUAUUACUUGCUGUGCAGUUUGUGGUUCAUGAGAGCUUUGACUGGAGGAGGCUAUUCAGUUUGGUGAGCCUGUUCCACUAGUUAUUUCUAACAUGACUGACCUGUAUCCUAACUUCAGAAUCUUCCUUUGCUUUUUUUCUAACAAAAAUCUCAGGUUUGAAAUUUUCAAUUGAACCCUGUCCCAGUCUGGAGACCUUUUUGAAAGGUGGGACACAAGAGUCAGUAGCAACAAAGUUUGCAUGAGGUUCGGGGUAGAUGAUCAACAGUGACUCAGUCAAAUAACUACAACUAUUAGAUGUUUAAUCAUAACGUUUUAUUGUAGCUUUCAACCAUAAGCAGACAGACAUCAUACUUUAAUUUGGAUCUAGGAGAAUUCACUGCACAAAUUCAGUCUGAACAAUCAUUGGAAGGGCACUGUUGUCAGACAAUGUUUGGCUGUCUCAUCUUCAAAACUAUACAACAUGGACUUUGCAGGGUAAUGGCAAGAACAGUCUGAGUAACACAAAGUACACAUGCGCAAGGACAAAAAGUACACUACUAUAGUCAAUACAGCAAUAACAAUUAGCUGAGUUGCCAUAUAAUACACAGGGGAGAAAGAUUAACCCUUAAGACCUAUCGCAACCACAAAACUGCAGUGAAUGGUGCACUUUUGAAGAAUAGUUACUGUUAGAAUGUAAGAAAUGCGACAGUUGAUUUAUACACAGCAAACUUCCAAAACCAGCAGUUUAACAAUGAUCAGAUGAUUUAUUUUGAUGCUAUUGAUCGAGUGACACGAGAUCUUUUAUUUACGCCCUUAUGAUCUCGAUUUCAUGCUUAAAUGCAAAAGACAGCAUUGCCCUCAGUACUGUCACCCUUGGUUUCUGUGCUUAAGUCAUGGAGUAGGACAACAUUUAGGAGGUGUGUAGAUGAAUAACUGAAUACAAGGCUACAGGCCAAGUGCUGAGAAAUAGAUGACAGCCAUUCUCUGGUUCAUUGCCUCUUACCAAUGAUUGACUAAUCUGAACCACCCUGCCUGGUUUAAAUGUAAACAAAGCUUGGCAGCUAACAGUCAGUCAUCAUCUAACUGGUGCAUUCUCAACACACCAGAGUCUGUGUUUACUUGCCAACCAACCAGCACUCUUCCUUCAUACAGCAUAGGUGGUAGUGUUUUUUUUACAUCGGCAUUUCUUGCAAGUUGUCCUAAUGAGUGCAAGAAGAAAAGCUUCAACAAAUAUUUGUUUUCAAAGCUAAUUUAUUGUCAUUUUUAUUACCAAUAUCUUCCUUGGUACAACAUUACUGUUGAUGCCACUAGUUUUUAAUAUUUUUGUUUUGCAUUCAAUGAUUUUUGAUGUUAUUGUCUUUACCAAUCUCAGCUUUUCAUUUUCUGAAAGUUGAUUUUUAUCAAUGCAAAUCUUCUUUUGAUAUUAAAUAUGUUAGAAAAUCCUGUGGCCUGGAUCAAUCAUUUGGAGGUAUUGAAUUCAUAUCUGACUAACAGAAAAUCUGACUAACUUCAAUUAAUUCAAUAACUCUGGAAUUAGAAAUAAAGCUAGUA